GCCGUCGGCCGCGGCCCGCCAUCCACCGGCGAUCCGGAGAAGCACAAGCUGAUCCAGCAGCAGCUGGUGCUACUGCUGCACGCGCACAAGUGUCAGCAACGCGAGCAGACGGGCGGCGACCAUACGCAGUGCAAGCUGCCUCACUGCCAAACGAUGAAGGACGUGCUGAUCCAUAUGAAGGAUUGUGUCUCGGGCAAGUCGUGCUCGAUGCCGCACUGCGCUUCGUCGCGCCAGAUCAUCGCGCACUGGAAGAGCUGCCGGCGCACCGACUGUCCCGUGUGCCUGCCACUGAAGCAGGCGGAGAACCGGCGCGGCCAGCAGCCGCGCUCUGCCGGUCUGACGGCGCUCACCAACUCGGUGACGGGAGCUGGCGUGGGCGGCCUCCCGCAGCCGCAGCAGGCCCAGCAGCAGCCGCAGCCGCAGCAGCCGGCCGCCGCCGUCCAGCAGAUGGCCAAUCGGCUGAAGCGGACACUGCACAUGCCGUGCCCGCCGGCGGCCGGCUCGCCGGGCGGGCUGGCCGCCGAGCUGGGCGGCCCGGGCAGUCAGCUGUCGGCCGCCGGCAGUACCAGCGUUGAGUCCUACCUGCUCAACAGGAAUGAGCUACCCAGCUGGGCGUCCGACCUCAACCAGGAGAGCGCCAACAACACGUUAUGUGGCAACGCGAAGUUCCGCAAGAUGCUGGACCCGGUGGUGGCAGCGCCCGUCACCGACACCAAGGAGUGGCACAUGCAGGUCACCCCUGAUCUCCGCACCCACCUCGUGCGAAAGCUUGUUCAGGCCAUCUUCCCCGCUCCGGAUCCAUCUGCCAUUCACGACAAGCGCAUGCACAACCUGGUGGCCUACGCCAAGAAGGUCGAGGGGGACAUGUACGAGAUGGCCAACUCCCGGUCGCAGUACUACCACCUGCUGGCCGAGAAGAUCUACAAGAUCCAGAAGGAGCUGGAGGAGAAGCGGCAGCGGCGCCAGGCGGCCGGCGGCGCAGUGCCGGGCGCCGUACGGCCGGCCGCGGUAGGCGCCAGCGGACCGACUGUGCGCCUCGGCGUGGCGCUGCCCGGCCUGGUGCAGCCUCAGCCCCCGCAGCCGCAGCCGCCGCAGCAGCCGCAGCAGCCGCAGCAACCACAGCAGCUGCAGCAGCCACAGGCUGGCCUGCGGCAGCCAGUCAGCCUGCUGGGCAGUCACGUCCGGCUGCCGCUGCAGCAGCCUCCCCAGCAGCAGCAGCCGCAGCAGCCGCAGCAGCAGCAGCAGGCACAGCUGACGCUGCCGGCGGCCAGCCAGGCGGGCGCGCUGGGCCUGCCGCCCUACAGCAGCCUCUCCACCACCGCCGGUCACAGCAGCAGUCUGAACACACUUGCCCAGUUCGGCCUGCAACAGCCGCCUGUCAGCUCGGCCUCUCAGCAGCAGCUGCAACAGCAACAGCAACAGCAACAGCAGCAGCAGCAGCAGCAGCAGCAGCAGCAGCAACAGCAGUUGCUACAGCAGGCCGAGCCGCGGCUCAGCUCGCCGGUGUACGCGCAGAAGCAGUUUAACAACGGCCUGCCGGAGACGUCUGUGGCCGGCCUGUCGCAGCCAGGCGGCGGCGGCGGCCUGCCCGCCGUCUCGGCCACCGGCACCGCCCGACCUGACGCAUUCUCCGACCAGAUGCGCUCGACGCCUCUAUCGAUAGCCUCGGCCGUCGCGCCGCUAUACACGUCGUCAUCCAUCAAACUGGAACAGGAGAAUGCGGCGUUCGACAGUCUGCUGCGGGACGCGUCUGCGCCGCCGCAGCCGGCGCAACAGCAGUCAGUGCCGCCGCCGUCCGUGCCGGGCAAGGCGGAGCCGCCGUCGGAGCCCGGCGACGUCGGCGACAGCCAGGACGGGCCGCCGCCGCCGCCGCCACCGCAGCCACCCGCCGCCGGCGUCAAGAUGGAGGUGGCGGACGUCAGCCAGGAGGCCGGAGACAAACCCAUGUGGCAGCGCCCGGCCAUCAAGGCCGAGCCGGCGUCGGUGAAGGGGGAGAGUCCGCACCCGGACUCGGCCUUCACGCCCGGCGAGAGCAAGCCCUCCUCCUCCGGCGUGCCCACGCCCAAGGCUGAGAAGAAGCACAAGACACUGUUCUCGCCGGACGAGCUGCGGCACGCGCUGAUGCCCACCCUGGAGAAGCUGUACCGCCAGGAGCCCGAGUCGAUCCCGUUCCGCCAGCCGGUGGACGCCAGCGCGCUCGGCAUCCCCGACUACUACGACAUCAUCCGCAACCCCAUGGACUUGUCCACCAUCAAGCGCAAGCUGGACACGGGCCAGUUCAGCGACCCCUGGGAGUACGUCGAGGACGUGUGGCUGAUGUUCGACAACGCCUGGAUCUACAACCGCAAGACGUCUAAGGUCUACAAGUUCUGCACGAAGCUGUCGGAGGUGUUCGAGCAGGAAAUGGACCCGGUGAUGCAGCAGCUGGGCUACUGCUGCGGCCGCAAGUACACCUUCCAGCCGCAGACGCUGUGCUGCUUCAGCCACUCGCUGUGCAGCAUCCCGCGCGACGCUAAGUACUUCAGCUACCAGAACCGCAUCACCUAUUGCGUCAAGUGCUUCAACGAGAUCCAGGGCGACACGGUCAGCAUCGGCGAGGAGACCACGCAGCAGUCUAUGGCAAUCAAAAAGGACGCUUUCGUCGAGAUGAAGAACGACAACUUCGAGAUGGAGGCGAUGGUGGAGUGCACGGACUGCGGUCGGAAGCUGCAUCAGAUCUGCGUCCUCCACAUGGACGCCAUCUGGCCGCAAGGGUUUACCUGUGAUAAUUGCCUUAAGGCGAAAGGAGCGAAAAGAAAGGAUAAUAAGUUCAACGCCAAGCGGCUACCAACCACCAAACUGGGAACGUACAUCGAGAAUCGGGUGAACAACUACCUGAAGAAGAAGGAGUCGGGCGCCGGCGAGGUGUUCAUCCGGGUCGUCUCCAGCGGCGACCGUGUCUGCGAGGUCAAGGGCGGCAUGAAAGCCAGGUACUGCGACAACAGCGAGAUGCCCUACAAGUUCCCGUACCGUGCCAAGGCGCUGUUCGCGUUCGAGGACGUGGACGGCCACGAGGUGUGCUUCUUCGGCAUGCACGUGCAGGAGUACGGCUCGGACAGCCCGCAGCCCAACCGGCGGCGCGUGUACGUGGCCUACCUGGACUCGGUGCACUUCUUCCGGCCGCGCCAGUUUCGCACGUCCGUCUACCACGAGAUCCUGCUGGCCUACCUGGACUACGCCAAGCAGCUCGGGUAUACGAUGGCGCACAUCUGGGCGUGUCCGCCGUGCGAGGGCGACGACUACAUCUUCCACUGCCACCCGGCCGACCAGAAGAUCCCCAAGCCGAAGCGGCUGCAGGAGUGGUACAAGAAGAUGCUGGACAAGGGCAUCAUCGACCGCAUCGUGAUGGACUACAAGGACAUCCUGAAGCAGGCGAUGGAGGACGGCGUGCAGUCGCCGGCCGAGCUGCCGUACUUUGAGGGCGACUUCUGGCCGGGCAUACUGGAGGAGAGCAUCCGCGAGCUGGACCAGGAGGAGGAGGAGAAGCGACGCCAGCUGGAGGCGGAGGAGGCGCGCGCCGCCGCGGCCGCCGAGCCCGAGGUCGAGAGCCCCACCCCUGACGGCAAGAAGAAGGGCGCCAUGAAGAAGCAGAACAAGAAGAACACCAAGUCCAAGUCGACCAGUAAGAACAAGUCGAAGAAGUCGAACCAGAGCGGCAGCGACCUGACAGCCAAGAUCUUUGCGCUGAUGGAGAAGCACAAGGAGGUGUUUUUCGUGGUGCGGCUGCACUCAGCGCAGUCGGCGGCCAGCCUGCAGCCGAUCCAGGACCCGGACCCGCACAUCCAGUGCGAGCUGAUGGACGGGCGGGACAACUUCCUCAGUCUGGCGCGCGAGAAGCACCUGGAGUUCUCGUCGCUGCGCCGCGCCCUGGCCGCCACGCAGCACAUGCUGUACGAGCUGCACAACCAGAACCAGGAGACGGUUGUCUACACGUGCAAUAACUGCAAGAACAACAUCGAUACCCGCUACCACUGCACCGUUUGCGAUGACUUCGACCUGUGCGUGUCGUGCUACGAGAAGGACCGGCACCCGCACCGGAUGGAGAAGCUGGGCUUCGACCUGGACGGCGGCUCGCCGGAGCGCGGCCAGUCGACGCCGGAGAUCCGGCGCCAGUCGCUGGAGCGCUGCAUCAAGUCGCUGGUGCACUCGUGCCAGUGCCGCGACGCCAACUGCCGUCUGCAGAGCUGCCAGAAGAUGAAGCGCGUCGUCUCGCACACCAAGUCCUGCCGCAAGAAGGUCAACGGCGGCUGCCCCAUCUGCAAGCAGCUGGUGGCCGUCUGCUGCUACCACGCCAAGUGCUGCAAGGAGGACAAGUGCAUGGUGCCGUUCUGCAACAGCAUCAAGUCGCGGCUGGCGCACCAGCAGAUGCAGGCGCAGCUGCAGAGCAAGGCGCUGCUGCAGCGACGGAUCGCGCAGAUGCGCUCGGCCAGCGGCGGCAGUAUCGCUGCGUCAGUGCAGGCGGCCUCGUCGCAGCACCAGACGCCGACGCCGCCGCAGCCACAACAGCAGGCCCGGCUGUCGCAGGUGCAGGAGGCGGCGGCGCGCCAGCACGCGCCCCAGACGGCCGUCGGCUACGGCAAGACGACGCCGCCGGCGCCGGCCGGCCGCAUGCUGCCCGCCAUGAACGACUGGAGCAGCAGGUUCCCGGGGCCGGCGCAGGCGCAGGCGGGCAUGCAGUCGCAGCCACCGGGCGGCGGCCUGACGCUCCGCCAACAGGCCGGCCAGCAGGGCCAGCAGCGGCACGUGCCCGGCCUGCAGGAGCUGCUGCACAGUCUGAAGAACCCGACCGGGCCGCAGGCGCAGCAGGACGUGCUGCAGAUACUGAAGUCGCACCCACAGCUGAUGGCCGAGGUCAUCAAGCUGCAGCAUCACAAGGCCCAGCAGCAACAGCAACAGCAGCAACAACAGCAGCAGCAACAGCAGCAACAACAACAGCAGCAACAGCAGCAGCAACAGCCACAACAACAGCAGCCGCAGCAACAGCAGCAGCAAACGUCGGGUGUACCGCAGCAGCUGUUGCAGGCCGGCCUGCAACAGCAGCAGUCCCACCUGCCUGCUGUGAGCAUUGUGAGCCAGGGCCAGCUGUCACAGCAGCAGCAACAGCAACAGCAGCAACAACAGUGGGCCGCCAAGCAGCAGUUCAUAGCAAUGCAGCGGCAACAGCAGCAGCAGCAGCAGCAUGGCUUCCAGCAGCCGCAGGCGCCGCCGUACAGUCAGCGGCCGCGGCAGACGCACCCGAUGAGCAUGCAACAACAGCGCUUCCAGGCGGACAAUACUCAGUUUGGCGGGCAGUUUUCGCAGCAGCAGCAGCAGCAGAUGCUGCUGCAGCAGCAGAUGAAGGCCAGCCCGCAGUCGGCGUCGCCGCACCAGGGCCUGAUGGGCAUGGCGGCGCCGUCGCCGCAGCAGAUGCUGCAGCAGGUGUGCUCGCCGCCGCCGGGCGGUCUGCCGGCGGCCGUGCGCUCGCCGCAGCCUAGCUCCUCGCCGCGCCAGAUGGGCGGCUACCACCUGGCGGGCGUGUCGGCGGCCGGCCACGGCGCGCUUCAGCUGCAGGGCCACCCGGCCCAGCACGCGGCCGCCGGUGGCGACAACGCCGACAAGCUCUCCAAGUUCGCGGACACGUUGUAG